AUGUCCGCAUCUUUUUCAAAUGACUUCGAGGAGCUCUCGCUCAAUCAGCAUCAAGCUACCCGAAGAACAACUAGAGAUUGGAGUCUUCCUCCUGAUUUCCUCUCACUUCUCGCCACUCCUCCAAGCAGCCUCAUCAACACUCUCAUUCCCCUUCACCCUCCUGCUUCACCAUCUGCUCCUAAGGCAUCACCCUCCCCUACUGCUCCCUUCAUCUCUGCACUCAAGAAAGCUCCCGACACUGUCACAGAAAAAGGUGCAGAGGCUCAUGCUUCUACCAACUCCCCAUUGGUAGACUUAUUUUCCGACUUCACUCCCGGUAUAGGAGCUGAAAAGCUGUGUGAGCUUUUGGAGAAAGCGUGGAAAGAGGAUUCUUUGGCCACUUUGAAAAUUGUAUAUCAAGCUCGAUCAAUCCAUCAAGGGAAAGGAUGGAAAGAUGGGUUUUAUCGAGCUGCCUCCUGGAUCUGGGAAAAACAUCCUCGUACCCUUCUCGAGAACCUUCAUCUGAUCGUUGACCCCACGUGCGAAAGACCAAGAGAUGCUGUGCGUGACGCCAAGCAGCAAAAGCAGCGAGAAUCUGCAUCUGCUGCAGCCAAUAAUGGUGUCCUUGACCUCGACGAUGAAGGGAAUAUCGAUGUUGGACAAGGUCCGGAAGACCAGUAUCCCCCUCGACCUCAUGGUAGCUUCAAGGAUCUCACCGACCUCCUUAUCCUCCAUCUGAGUGGUCAACUCGCCACCUCUUACAAGGGCAAGUUUACUGCUCUUGAUGAGAGUCUAGCCCCGUCUUGGCAGGCCGCUACCUUUAAAGCUUCCAGAGUGGCUCUGAGGAAAGACCCGAAUUCCAAGCGAGUUCGUUCUGGUUUCAAAGCCGUGCUUAAGUCGGUCAAAAAGAAGGAAAAGGAAGGAGGUGUUGAGACGUUCGACUUGAAAGUCUGGAGAGCCCCCAAUCUCAAAGCCAAACAUAAUCUGCUUCAUGGGCGAUCUGAGCAAGCCUUGUGUAACGACAAGAAGUAUCAAGCUCUUUACAUCACGAUUCUCCACCUCUUCGUCAAAAAUCUUGAGGACGAUCUUCGUCUUUUGGCCAAACACCAAGACUUCCUCAAACUCUCCCCUGCGUCAAGAGGUCCUUUCAAAGGCCAGACCUCCCCUCACCUUUUUGGCAUAUCCUAUGCCGCCAAAUGGGUCCCGUCGCCAGCGAAAAGCGGCGACAAGAUCACCCACUUCUCUACAGCCUUGGCACAUAUGCUUUAUCCAGGCGAUGGAGUCCAAUGGUCGAGAGAGAAGCUACAAAAGCUUGUGCUUACUCCUCUCAGAAAAGCGUUAGCCAUUCCCGAAGUGGAGAUGUCAAAUAGAUCUUGGAAGAUUGAUUACACCAAGGUACCUUCUAAGUCGAUGGCACGAAAUUCUACAGCUUUUGCCGAACAUGACCAAGAGGGUUUCGAGAGGUACUUGACUCGGGUGUCUAACGGACGCGCUACAAUCUCUGGUGCUGCUUUGAUGCCCCACGAAAUACUCUUCGAAGCUACCCAAGGCAAAACAGUCAUCCAUAAACGCCUCGCCGAUCUGCAAUGGAAGACCUUGGUACAAUCAAUCAGAAACAGUUCAUCUAACCGCCUGUCCAACUGCAUCGCCAUAGCAGACGUUUCCGGGUCGAUGGGUUCGUUCUCUUUCAUCAACAAGAAGGAUCCUGCUCCAAUCCUUCCCUGUAUAGCCUUGACCCUUCUCAUGGGUGACCUCGCUGUCGCCCCUUGGAACGGUGCAUUCUUCACAUUCUCCGCCGACCCCAAAUUUGAGACCAUUGAAGUAUCUCUUCCUCUGUCUGAACGAGCAAACUCGCUCUCGAGGGCUCAUUGGGAGAUGUCAACGAAUUUCUACAAGGUUUUCGAUCUUAUCUUAAAUACAGCCAAAGCCCAAAAGCUCAAGCCCAAUGAUAUGGUCAAGAAGGUCUUCGUGUUCUCCGACAUGCAAUUCGACGCUGCCGCUGACAGGAAGAUCUGUGAGACCGAACACACGGUCAUCCAACGCAAAUUCGAAGACGCCGGGUAUCAGAUGCCUCACCUUGUCUAUUGGAAUUUGGCUUCAAGAGAAGACGGCGCUCCUAAACCCGCUCAAGCAGACAUCGAGGGAGUAUCUCUUGUGUCCGGCUUUUCUGGCACACUGAUGAAGUACUACCUAGGUCAAGCUGAUGACAUAGACGAGGGAAUGGUCGAGUCGGAAAUCGAUGAGGUUGAAGAACCUGACGAGAAUGAUAUGAUCUUAGUCGAGGAACGCUGUAAAAGCAAAAGUACACCAGCUGGGACCAAGACAGAGAGGAAGGAAGACAAUGCUCUACAAACUGUGAUGAAGGUGAUUAGCCAUGAAUCUUUCAGUAAAUUAAAGGUCAUUGAUUAG